CCUAUGAUGUGUCUCGGUUUGAUCACUGGCUGCUAACUCUCAAUCGGACAUUGUUAUACUAUCUCUAGUGAGCUGUGCUUGCUACAGCAGGUGAGUGAGUAGUUUUACGCCGCUUUUAGAAAUCUUUCAGCAAUAUCACGGCCAGGGACACCAGAAAUAGGCUUCACACAUUGUAUCCCCGUAAGGAAUCGAACCUGGAUCUUCGGCGUGACGAACGGACGCUUUGACCAUUGGGCUACCUCAUCGCUCCUCAACUGAUAUGCAGUUAAUUGAAAGCCCGAAGUGACGCAUAUUCAGGUGGCAGACAUUUACCAUAAAACAUUGGGCUGGAUAGUUAGAGCGUUCGCUCGUCGCGGGUUCACUUUCCAUUGUGGGUUUACUGUAUGAAACCCAACACCAACACCGUGAUAUUAAAUAAUUAAUGCCAAAAGCGGUGUAAAGCAUCACCCACUCACGGUAUCCAGCGUUUGUAUGUAGUGCAAAUUUUUCUGGUAGAAUGUGCUCGGAAACGAGAACAUACAUGUUGCAUAAUUUAUUCUUUUGUUGACUCUCGCUUACCCAGUAGUGCUGAAGUGGAACUUAGUCACUAUUUGGUAAAAUUAUUAAUUAUGAUAUAAUUAUUAACUCAUACUGUAAUACUAAAUGAAUAAAUAUUAUUAAGUCAACAACUAUUUUUACAAUUUCAUAUGUGAUGUAGUAAUAUCAAUGUUCAAAACAUUUAAAUUACUAAAACAUCUAGAAAAAACAUUAAAUAAAAAAAUCUAAUGUUAGUCAUCAGAAAUUAUAGUCCACUUUCUCACACCGUAACAACAUAGGCGUAAAUUCUACAUCUGAAUGGCAAUGUGGCGAGCUGGUGCACUAUUCAUAGUAUCACUAAGACUAUUCUAUCCAAUAACCUCUUUCAGUCGGUCGAUACCCUGCGCAGAGCAAUGCGGCGGUGAGCCUGGUAUAGUCAGCCUUAAUCGCUUUAUUGACUGAGCUCCUGGGCCGUUUCGAUUUGACGAAUUAUGUGACAGGUAAAAUGUGUCUCGACAUGUCUGGGAUUUGGGAGAUGGUUGUUUAUAACAGUCGUCCUUGCAGCUGCAACCUGUAAGUAUGGACCAGCUAACGCAGAUGAUUUGUGACAAUGUUACUACGACCUUGAUUGUCGUUGGAUCCGUGCUAGUUGCUGUGUGGCACUUUAGCAGACGACACUCACAACUUCCGCCCGGACCCAGGCUGCGCUUGCCUUUGUUUGGAAAUAUGUUUUCAGUUACACGGGGCAUUAGAGAGGCGUUACAAGAAUGGAGGAAGGAUUACGGUGAUAUAUUCUGUUUAUACCUUGGACAACGCCGUGUCGUGGUGCUAAACGGUUAUGACGUCAUAAACGAAAGCCUUGUCACACACGGGCACUUGUUCGUGAAACGGCCAGACCUGUUCGUUUCUGAGUAUCCCAAUCAUGGCAGGGGCGUUCUGGGGACGGCUGUGACAGUUGGGUUGGAACAACAGCGAAUAGCUGACGUUUGUCUCCGAGGUUUUACAAGCGGAUCCGGAAAGGACAUUUUGGAAAUUAGGACUGGCGAAGAAGUCAAUAAUUUACUACGGCUUAUCAAAGAAGAAAGUCGUCGAAAUUUGGACCUACGAUCUUUUAUUAACUUCGCUGUCACUAACGUCACAUGUUCUAUUUUGUUCGGCAAACGAUUUGAAGAUGAUGACCCACUCUUUGUUGAGUAUUUGAAACGACGACAAGAGGAUUUUAGUUUGACGGCCAUUUUAGAGUUUAUGCCAUACCUGCGUUAUUUGCCAGGAGAUAUAUUCAAUAUAAAACGUUUGGCCGAAAAUGUUGCAUUUACAGAGGAUGAAAUAAUCAAACCUUCCAUAAAACGCCAUGAGAAGGAUUUUGAUGACCACAAUGUGACUCUUGUAUCGGCUUUUUUAAAGGAGUGCCAAAAUCUGGGCUUGCCUGUGAAUGAUGACCAUCUUGUUAAUAUUGUUGCAGAUUUGUUAAUUGCUGGGUCGGAACCCACAGCUGUUGCUAUCCAGUGGGGUAUUCUUUAUUUCAUUGCUUACCCUGAUGUACAGGACAGAGUCUACCAAGAAAUCAAACAGAAUGUAGGCUUGCAUCGUGUCCCGAACAUGUCGGAUAUGGAAAGCCUCCCUUAUGUUCAAGCAACUAUUUCUGAGGUGCUGAGGUGUGUGAACGUAAAUCCUUACGGUGCCCGGCGGUUUGCUUCCCGUGACGUUAUGUUCCGGGGAUACCUUAUUCCAGAAGACACAAUGAUUGUACCUGUUUUAGAAUCAGCGUUGUUUGACCAAGAACAUUGGGACAACCCAGAAGAAUUUAAACCGGAGAGAUUUCUGAAUGAGGAAGGGCAUUUUGUAAAACACAAACAAUGGAUUCCUUUUUCUAUUGGUCAAAGCUCAUGCUUAGGUGAACAAUUGGCAACUUUGGAAAUGUUCUUGUUUCUCUCAGCAAUGAUUCAACAAUUUCGGUUUCGGAAAUCAGAAAAGUCAAAGUCGCUAUCUUUCAAUUCCGAUACAAAUUUGUCAUUCAGACCUUAUCCGAAGUGUGUUCAGUUGAUUGACAGGCACCGUGUAAGCGAACAUAGGAAUAACAUUCCAUCAUGCUACCUUCGUUAAUGACAUGGUUUGCAAACGCGGGUCACCUACACACCGCAUGAUGUGUAUUAAAUGAUGUGUUACCAAGAAUACGUGUGUUAGCAAGGGAGUAUUUAAAACUGCAUCCUCUAUAUCAGGGCUGGCAUUUCGGUAAAUCUACACUGACGCCUGGAUCCAUUCCUCUGGAUCUUGCGAUCGCUAAUUACCCGCCAUUGAUUUUUAUUAAUAUUUUACCGACCAAUCAAACGUCGACAAAAGGGAAAGGGUAAGGGAGGUAACUCGUGUUACCUAGAAAACAGGCUAUCCCCAGUUUUAAUGGACAUGAAGACCUCCUUUUAAUCAUUAAGAUUUAUUUAGGGCAAUUUUUGCGUCACGUUUUCGGUCAGUUUUUCAGUGUUGAAUUUCUCGCAAACUCGAUCAUGAUCAAUGGAACUGUCCAAACCAACAAUAAGGCUUGUCUGGUACGUUAGACCUAGUAGCUAGUCUAUCAAAUUGUCAAAUGUAAAUCAAGGGCGGGUUAGAAUGGAUCCUGGGGUUAGUGAAGGUUUACCGACAUGCGAGCCCUGCAUAUACAGAUGUUUAAAGGGAGGUCCAGUUGCUAAAGUGUUCACAUCGUGACACCAAAGACUGUACAUAGUGUGAGCCCAUGUGUUAUGUCGUGAUUUUGCUGGAAUAUUUGGAACAAGUGGCGUAAAACCAUCCUCACUCACAUUUUGAGGCGACUAACGGGAUCGGGUGGUCAGGCUCGCUGACUUGGUUGAUGCAUGU